AAUAGGAAGAAAUUUAUCAGGCCUGAAGUUCAUUUCACCACUGCGUCAGUCUUACUGUCUUCUUCGUCUCCUUUUCCGCCAUUGAUAAAGCAGAAGAAGAAGUAAUCCUCUGAUCUGAUCAAAAUCAAAUUGAGGAGGAAGAAGAGUUUCAGGUGCGUAUCGGCCUGUGGAGGAUUCGAUUUUAGGUCGGAUUGGAUAAAUGAGGUGCAAAAGGCACCCGGAGGACCUCAGCAGCGGCGGCGGCGGCGUAUGCGCCUCCUGCCUCCGGGAGCGUCUCUGUGCGGUAAUGGCGGCUCAGGCGCAGAAGGAGGCGCAGCACCACCAGGCUCAAUUGGAUCGCCGGAAAUUGGAUGCGCAGCGCCCGCUGCCGCUGUCGUUCCCCCGCUCCGUCUCCCCUUACGUUUCGUGGCGGAGGUCUACCAGUUCGGCGAUGUCGCAGCUCCACGGCGGCGCCGGUACUAGCGCCGCCGUGACGGUUGAGGUUAAGGCGGAGGAGCAGAAGACGAAGAAGAAGAAGAAGAGUAGUAAUGUGGGGAAAUUUUCGAAGAUGUUUCUAGGGCUUUUCAGAUCCAAAUCGGACAAUUCGGGUCCGGGUUCGGUCCCGGGUUCGGAUACCGGAGCCUCGAGCGGGCACUCGUGCACGGCGUCUCCGUCGUGGUUUUCAACUGUAAUCCCUCGCCGGAGAAGGAAGCAGAUUCGGACGCUUUCGCUCGACGACGGCGGCGGCGCGAUCGGCCGGCGUAAAAUCUCCCGGAAUCGAGACCGAGGAAUGUCUCCGGCUAGAUGCUCCGACGACGACGACGACGAUGAUGGCGACGAUCAUUGCAACGGUGGAUUGAGCGGUUACACGUCGGAGUCCUCCCCCGCCUGGAAGCAAACUCCGCGGAUGACGCCGUCGACGGCCCGGCGCGGCGGCGUAAGGGCGGCAAGCCACAGUAGAAGCGUAUCAGGAUUGGUAUUUUGCUUGAGUCCUCUGGUUCGUGCCAGCCCUACCCACCACUGGAAUCAGAUCGGCCUACCGCCGGAGAUCCCAAUGGUCGGAGAAUCCAGAGCUCCGGCGAAGCCACACCUCUCCACAGCAACGUCGUUUUGCAAGAAUAGAUCCCGUAAGCUCGCCGAUUUCGGUCGGUACCAUUGAUCCGCCGACGAUCGUUGACUUUGACCUCCCUCAAUACGGUACCGUUUUGCGCUUUAUUUAUUUAUUUUUUCUAAAAAAAAGAUUAAAACUGACAAACAAGAGUUUUUUCAAAAAAUAAUAAAAAAUAUACUAAUAUUCCAGCAUUUAUUGUUAUUAUUAUUAUUUUUUUUGUGUGAAUAAAUUGGAUGUGUGGAUAUGAUCAAAGAAGGUGGGGAUGGUGCAUUUGCUCCCCAUUAGGGUUACACCACUAUGAUUGUUGAUCUUCAGUCCCUUGGUGGGAUUACUGAAGGAUUCUUUCAAAUGUAGAGAGAGAGACAAGGGUUGACUAUAUAUUUUGAUUGGAUGAAAAGUGAAUCUUUUUCUCUUUUUCAAAAAAAAAAAGUCCCUUUAUUUGUAAUGGGCAU